CGCCUCCCUUUCUUUUUAGUUGUAACCCAAGCAUGGACCGGGCAAUAAGCCAGAUUUACAGUACUCCAUGCAAAGAUCUCAUUUCGUACUGGUUUCUGUGACUUUCGAAUCACUUGAAUAACACGUUCAAUCGAUUGUUUGACUUGACACCCAAUUGUGAACCUUUGAUCUGCUGCUCCUACCUACUAACAGUGUCUGCUUUGCAAUCGACAGUUCAGCCAGUAAAAUGGGAAAGACUAACGUGAACGACGAUGCUGUCAAUAACGAUACAAUGGCGGCAGAAAAACGUCCUUUUCUGGAGAGCGGACCUGAAUCGGUCAAGUUGACGCCCAGCUGGGAGGACCGGAAUCUACCGGCUGCAGAGCUGAAUUUGCGAGGACUAGAAUCUGAUCUGGAUAAAGCCGCUUUGGACAUGGACCCACCACCCGAUCGAUUGAAUUUGGUGUAUCUCACUUUUAUACUCCACGGAAUUGGCACAUUAAUGCCAUGGAAUAUGUUUAUUACUGCGAAAGACUACUUUGUCGUUCACAAACUUGGACCAGAGAAUACCGGGCAAAGUCUUGCUUAUGCUGCCAACUUUCUUCAAUUCCUUGGCUUCGCUUCCCAGGUUCCCAACGUCAUCUUCAACUGGCUCAACAUCUUCAUCCAGAUAGGCGGAAGUUUAAGUACCCGUAUUAUUGGCGGUAUUCUCGUUGAAGUAGCUGUUUUCGUUUUAACAGUUGUUUUGGCUAUGUUGGAAUCAUCUCAAUGGCCAGGAGCAUUUUUCUGGACUACGAUGGGUUCAGUGGUCAUAUUAAACAUGGCUGGUGGAAUCUAUCAAAAUACCAUUUACGGAAUGAGCGCCAAGCUUCCUUUCAAAUAUACAGGAGCGGUCGUCCUUGGCUCGAAUAUCAGUGGGACUUUCACGGCCGUUAUAAACGUCAUUUCGUUAGCUCUGGCCCCUAAUGCGCGUACCUCGGCCAUAUACUAUUUCAUCGCUGCCCUCUUCAUUCUGUUGGCCUGUUUUGACUCUUUCUUCGCCUUGCCACUCAACAGAUUCUACCGUUAUAAUGAACAACGCAUUAAGCGACAAGAACAAGAAAAGAGCGUGGCUUUAGGUGGUAUUAAAGCCCGUCCACCUUAUUGGAUGAUUUUCAAGAAAUGCUUUCCGCAAUGUCUAAACGUUUUCCUCGUCUUUUUCGUCACACUCUCCAUCUUUCCCGCCGUUUACUCCGAUGUCAAGAUGGUUGACGAGAACUUCAUUAUUUCACAAAAAUAUUUUGUAGCCGUAUGCUGUUUUCUCAGCUUUAAUUUCUUUGCAAUGGUUGGCAAUAUGUUGCCUGGACUUUACUCUUGGCCCGGACCUCGCUGGUUAUGGAUUCCAGUCGUUUUGCGAGUCUUGUUCAUCCCAUUCUUCUUAUUGUGCAAUUAUCAACCAUUGGGCGUCACGCGAGCAUUGCCCGUUCUUAUCGACAACGAUUGGGCUUACUGGGUCGGUGGCAUCUUUUUGGGUGUAACAAGCGGAUACUACUCUUCACUAGCCAUGAUGUAUUGCCCACGAACGGUGGAACCUGAAUACGCGGCUACAGCUGGCAUGUUUGGAGCUGCCUGUCUGAUCACUGGCAUUUUUGGCGGAAUUAACUUCAGUUUGAUAAUGCCGAUCCUUGUGGAAUCGAUUUCUUUCUAAUCGAUUGGAUUUGUCUUUAUAUAUUUUUUUUUUAAACAAGGGAUGCACGAGAGCUUCAAGAUUUCUGUAGCUCAUUAGCUUACUCAUAGUGUUGCUUUAAAUUUUUGUUCAGUUUCAUGUUCUUAGUCGUUCUUUAGUUUACCCUUACAUACGACUCUUUAUUUCUCUUUGGGAAGAGUUGUGGGGACAAGUGGGAAUGCGCAGUCAAAAUGUUCAGUGCAAUCUUUUGAACUACUGUGCAAACUAGUCCAGUUAACUCGCAUUUUUCCUGUGACGAUUGAUUUUUCUCGUUUCCUUGAACUAAUUUAUUGUUUGCUUUUUCGGGCUCAAGGUAAACUGGUGCGUUCACGGCAUUCGAAGGAAGUGAAGCCACUGCACUCUUAAUUUUUUUUUCUCCCACCCAUUUCUCCUUACGUUUGCACUGCUUCUUCCUGCAGUUGUACUAGAUCUUCAAAAGUGCAAAAUCAAUUAGUGAUUUUGACCACGGGUUUCGUGCCAGCUGCUAAUAAUAACAGUCGCCCGAUCAUGAAAUUUUUUUUUUGUAUCUUUCAGUCACCAUACGCAGAGGACUUGUGUGUAUUUUUUUUCUUCACCCACUUUUUUUAUAAAUGUUCUAUGUCCUUAUAGUAAUGAAUAUUUCAGUGGUCCAAUGUUUCUAUCGUGUUUUAUUUCUUCUGUAUUGAUUUGCGGAUUGUAUCUGCAUACACAUUUUUCGCAAGGGA